GGCAACUUCGAACUCGCAUCUUUCGAAGCAGCGCGACCAACCAACCUCAUCUUGUCCUAAACCACAACCACGACUUGUUCUACAUAUCCGCACACAGCGCACCACUGCACCGAGGGACAUUUACGAGCGCUGCGACAAAGAAUAUCAUGAUCUAGCCUCCCGCGCGUCGCGCAGCCGCUGGGAGGGUCUCGAACCGCGAUCGAUUGCAAAGGAGCAGCCGAGUGGAAAGAGCGAUUUGGCAUGGGCGUCACGAUGGCCGGCGACAAGGAGGCUGACUUCAGCGCCCUCAACGAGGAGGACUGGAGGGUACAAGAAGCGGCCGAUGACGCGGCAAUUCAGAAACUCAAUGACGGCCUUGCCAGCGGCGUCUCGGAUCUCCUUAGCAAGAUCGAGGGUGGCGCCGAAUUCGACCAGGCAGGGAAGGCCGAUGAUGCCGUCGACUACGAGGACAUCGACCUGAGCGACGAUGAACUGCCUGACGAAGAACUCCCUGCCAGCGGCGCGAGCGGUGACGGCCCCGGCUUGACCGAUGACAAUGAUACCGAUGACCUCUUCGGCGAGAAUCUCCCCUCCUCUCCUUUGGACGCGCCUGGUGACCUUGCGUCAUCACCUCAUCCCCUGGACGCGGAUGGCGACGACGAUAUGCACAUCGAUGGCCCUCCGCGCGAGUCUCUUGCGGAGCUGAUCGCUCUGAAUUUCGACCACGGACCGAAGCCAAGCGAUGCUAACCAGGAUCCCAACAUCCCCCCUCCAGCCGAGAGCCUUGCCGAAGCAGUCAAGCAAGCUUACCCGGGUUUCAAAGAAAAUACUGUUCUCCACUGGAACGAGCUUCUUCGCCCGAAACAGGCCCAUUGGAUUUCCAAGAAGCCCGCGAAACCCCCCAAACCCCUCGUGCCGACAAAGCUCAGCUUGGAGCUUGAAGCCGAUCAAGAGAAGUUGUUCCGGAUCCCGGGUCCGGCCACAUCGUCCGUCUAUCAAAGGAUCAGCAAUGCCGAGGCGCGUGGUCUCGUUUCGCUUGAGGAGCCCGAGCUCCUAGAGCAAGCAGAUCUCGAAAUCUUCAACGUAGACGACGGGUCCGAUUCUGAAACUAUCGGAGGCUACACACUCCGCGACAUCGCCGUAGUUUGCGAUGACUGGGACUCCAUGAUCCGCCUUGGCGAAGCCUCCCCUGUUGAGGCUAGCACCACCCAAUCCAACGCCAUCUCCGACAACAUGCUCAUUAAGGCUGAGGUUGAUGGAGAUGAUGAGGACUGGGACAGGAUGUUCCUCGACGGCCCUGCCCAUAAGAAACGGCGCUCAGAGCCACCUAGAGGCCUUCCCCCCGUUCCACGCUUCACUGCUCCUAACUUCGAUAACUUUGAAGAGGCCACCUCCAAGCUCGGCAAACGCGUCAUUCUUGACAUGAAUGACCCAUAUCUUCUCAUUGACGACGUUGAAUCUGAACGUGUUGCCAAGAGGCGCAAGGUGCAGCACAAGACGGUACGACUGGCGAAUGGACGGCUCGGUCGGGAUUUGUCGCAGCGCUUCAAUUUCUCAUCCGACACUGCCUACGACGCCCUGAAGGAGAACAGCCAGAGCAAGGUGCGCGCCACUCUGGCCGCAAUUCCGGUCGAGCACAGCAUGACGGCACAGAGGCUGUCGUGGCCUUACUACAAGGUGAAGCUCUCCGCUAGCGAUCCUCACAGUUACCAUCGCCCUCAAUUCCAGCCACGGAGGGAGGCUUUCCAGCCUGUCAGGUUCAAGGCGCCGACUCUUAAGAGAAAGCGGCAAGUUAAGGGCAAGAGGGUCUCUGAGGUCUUCCAAACAUCAUCAGAUCUCACCAUGAACGACAACUCGACUGCCAUUCUCUUCGAAUAUUGCGAGGAGAUCCCCAUUGUGCUGUCAAAUUUCGGCAUGGGCCAGAAGAUCAUCAACUACUACCGCCGCUCCAAAGGCACAGAUUCGAGACCUGAGAAACGGGAACUCGGCGAACCCUAUAUCCUGAUGCCCGAAGACCGCUCGCCAUUCUCCAUGGUCGGCCAAGUGCACCCCGGCGAGACUGUUCCAACGUUGCACAACCAGAUGUUUCGGGCACCUAUCUUCAAGCACUCUCCGAGGAGUACUGACUUCAUCCUCGGCCGUAGCUCUACGGGCAAAAAUGGCUCGACAUGGUAUCUGCGGAACAUCGAUCACCUGUUUGUGGUUGGGCAGACCUUGCCGUCUAUGGAGGUGCCCGGGCCACACUCGCGGCGUGUCACCAACAUCGCCAAGAAUAGGCUGAAAAUGGUGUCUUAUCGACUGCUGCAUCGCAGCGACAAUGUCACAUUGACAGCCAUCACCCGCCAUGUUGCUGACUCGAACGAGUCGCAAAACAGGCAAAAGCUGAAAGAGUUUCUUGUUUUCCGCAAGGAACAAAGGAAUUGGGUACUUCCCGAAGGGGAGGAACUUAUGCCGGAGUCCGAGAUCCGGUCGCUCGUCCGACCGGAGGACGUUUGCCUCCUGGAUGCGAUGCAGGUGGGGGCGCACGAGCUUGAGAAUGGCGGCUAUGAAGUGAACGACGCUAUAUUUAAGGAUGACGAUUUGAUGGAGGCUGGCGACGAGCUUCCACCGGAUGCGCUCGCUAAUAAAAUGGCACCCUGGCGGCUCACCAAGGCUUUCAUCGACGCGAGCCAUGGCAAAGCCAUGAUCGCUGUCCACGGUCCAGGAGACCCCACUGGAAAGGGUCUCGGCGUCAGCUAUCUCAGGACCUCUAUGAAGGGCGGCUUCCUCGAGCAGCUGCAAGGCCCACUGGCGACGUCAGCCGAUGCCAUCGAGCGGCAACGGAAGGCCAACGGUGGCCACAUGUAUAACGUAAAGAAUCAGGAUACGUUGUACACCGAGUCUCUUCGAGACAUCUGGACGCGGCAGAAGCAGAGCCUGGAGGAUACCCAGGAGCACGAUGACGACGACAUCGUAGCCCAGGAGGACGAGGACGAACGCUUCAAUAUGCAAAGCCAGGGUACCCAGCCCACGGCAGUACCCGAUGGCUUUAGUCAAGUGAGCCAGAGCCAGGCUAGCGCCUCGAACUGGCGGAAGUUGAAGAUCAUUCGCGAGGUCAGGGGUGAAAACGGCGAGAUUCAGACGGUGACCGAAAUUGUGCAUGACCCUGUCGUCAUCGCACAAUAUCACAAACGGCGCCGUCAAAUGGAUUUCGAAAACAUUGACAUUUACAACGCCCAACUCACUGGCGAUCCCGAGAAGGACGAACUGAUCCUUGAAAAGGCCCGUAUCGAGCAGGAGCGUCUGGAAAAGAACAAAGAGCGACGUAAGAAGCGCGAGAAACAGAAGAAGCUCCAGCAAAAGAUGCGGGAUGGCGGCGCUGGUGACGACGGCUCCCCUGAGCCGACGACGGAGAAAGUUACGGGCACGACCCGGAAAUGCGCCAACUGCGGGCAGGUCGGCCACAUCAAGACCAACAAGAAGUACGUAGGUAUCCAUUUGCUCUUAGGAGGAUCCUGGCGUGGUCGGUAGCCUGGCAAGCGCUAUGGCCGAGACGAGGCGGUUUUGCUGGGAGAUGGGCGUUUUUAAAAGCAUAAUGGGCAAGACCCAUCGCCCAAAACGAACGUCAGCCCAUCGACCGCCCGCUGGACCCUGCAUGCUUUUGUUCUUUCCUGACUCCUUUCUCCCCUUCCUCUGCUUGGCUUCCAUUUUCCUACCGGUGCUCGUGCUAACUGUU